AUGGAAUACGUUACCCGAGGGGUCUGCGGUCAAGAAGGAUGCCGUGAUAGGCGAUAUUAUCUUGACAACGGUCUUUGGUAUUGUCGGCGCGGUCACUUGCAAGCGGGCGUCCAAGUCGCAGAUGAUGCAGAUGAUUUUGGAAAUCUAGGCAGACUGAACCGCGUGAAGAAGGAAGCUAAGGAGAAGACAAGCAGGACACUUCGUGGACGUGCGGCAUACACGCUUUUUUUGCAAUGUUAUCAACUUAUUUUAUGGAAACAAAGUCAUGCUUUGGUUCAUGAACUAGGUUUCCCUGAAGAACUUGAGGUUGUUGUUCGUGAUCUCUGGGCUCUUCGACUUCAGGACUUCACAUUGAAGAUCACUAAUACUGAAGACGACGACGAUACUGAAAAUGAAGGGUUUAGCUCGCAGCCUGGAGAAAUAGAUAGCUCUGGAGAGAUCGGGUUUAAACCUAGAUCAAGAUAUCUCGAGUGGCCUCGUCUGAUUGAUUCUCUCGCAACAUGCUAUCUAGCUGCAUUCUUAAUGCGGCUUCCUGUCUGCAAUGAUCAUGCGCCAGGAUGUUCCCUUUACGCGGGUUCUGGCCACCAUUCCUCGAGAAAUGAGAGAAAGGCUCCCCCAGAAUUGACAGGGAUUCUUGAAGUCACCGUCAAGAAACUUCCCACGCCGGAACGUUUUCACCAUAGUGUACUAGAAAUAGCGGUGUUCUAUCAACGCCGUUUUGGCAUGGCACUUCCUGCUCUGAAUUUACCGUUGAUUCUUUGCCGGCUGAUCAAAAGAUUAGCCUUGCCUGUUGAGGUAUAUGAAGCGACCAAAACCUUACAGGAUCUCGUUGGCUUCACAUACACAUAUCCGACCCCAGGCCCAAAGUAUACCAGAAAGGGACCACUCAAUUUCCCCGAUCUGCAAAUGGUUGUGCUUAUUGUUAUUGCAACAAAGCUUCUGUUCCCCUUCGAUGAUUUGAAAAGAUACCCCACCAGCAACAAGGAACCAGCAGCACAGACCAUGGACUGGCCUCAGUGGGUACGCGCUCAAAAGCUUUACGACCAUGAUCCACGCUAUAGCAAUAAGAUUGGAAACGCAACUGCCCUCCAAGUCACAGACAAAGAUGUGAUGGACAUGACUUCCACUCAAAUGGACAGCUACAUGGAUUGGUACGAAAGCAGUUGGCUGGAUACCUCGAAAGCCCCGGAUCGCAUCGCCGAGCUGUUCCCUAUCAGUCGAGCAGAGCCGGCCAUUCAGCCAGUUCCAGCCGCUGUUUCGGAACCAACUUCACGCCCUGAACUUGGUUCGAUGAACUCAAAUCUUGAUACCCUACUACAUAGUGUCAUGCAAGAUAUGAGAGCCAGACGGGUUGUCCCCGAGGGAGAUGAAGGGACCAAACGUCCUGGCCAGUGGUAUCGUCGAUAUAGAUGGGAAUCCCAGCUUAAUGAAUCCGCACGGGCUUUCUACGAGGUUGCUGCUAGGCUUGCUGCAGUCCCAUUGAAAACUCUUGUCCGUAGUGUAUCACUUGUUGAACACAGAAUCGGAAAAUUACAAGAGGACCAAGAGCGUCGGGACUACUACACAAGAGAGGGAAUUGAGUUUGGUGAAAGUGGCGAUGAGGAUGGGGCACCGCAGUAUGAAUCCGAUGAGAGCGCUGAUCAAAUCAACGAAUUGGACGAGCAGCUAUAUGCGAUGGAUGUUGAUGAGGGAUUAUGA